CUGGUCCCAUUAUCCUCUCUCCAUGCAGGGGAUGAAGUGGUUUAGCACCAUGUCCCUCGGCAGCAAAAGGAGCAAGAGGAGGAGUAGAAGGAGCACCAGUGGCCGYGGUGGAGGGGMAGGUGCGCUGCUCUCCCUGGCCCUCCUGGUGGCGGUGACGGCCACGGUGGACCCGGUGGCAGCGCAGAAGCAGCGGACGGGCGGUGGGUCGGAGAAAGUGCCGGUUCUGAACAUCGCCGUGAUCCUGGGGUGCACGCGCUACAUCUCGGACCAGGACAUCCGGGCGCUGUGGAGCAAAGAGGACCCUAUCGACGUCAACGUGGUCACGCUGCUGGUCAACAAGACCGACCCGAAAAGCAUCAUCACCCACAUGUGUGAYCUGAUGUCAGGGACCAAGAUCCACGGCGUGGUGUUUGGGGAUGGCACUGACCAAGAGGCCAUUGCCCARAUUUUGGAUUUUAUUUCCUCGCAGACACUCAUACCCAUUUUGGGCAUCCAUGGGGGCUCGUCCAUGAUCAUGGCUGACAAGGAUGUGAAGUCGACAUUUUUCCAGUUCGGUGCUUCCAUCCAGCAGGAGGCUCUGUUGAUGCUGAACAUCAUGGAAGAGUAUGACUGGCAUGUGUUCUCAAUUGUCACGUCGAAGUUUCCCGGAUACCAGGAGUUCAUCAACAUCCUAAAAACUACAGUGGACAACAGUUUUGUGGGCUGGGACCUGCAGAAUAUCAUCACUCUGGAUGCCGUGGAGGAAGACAGCCGCUCUCAGAUCAUGCUCAAGAAGGUCCAGUCUCCGGUGGUCCUGCUUUACUGCUCCAAAGAUGAAGCGGUGUACAUCUUGGAGGAGGCUCGCUCUCUGGGCCUGACUGGAUUCGGUUACAUCUGGAUCGUGCCGUCGCUCACGACGGGAAACCCCGAGAUAACGCCGGAAGCAUUUCCGUCGGGGAUGAUUUCAGUGUCGUACGACGACUGGGACUACCCGUUGGAGGCGCGCGUUCGCGACGGAYUGGGGAUCAUAACGUCUGCCGCAGCAGCCAUGUUGGUGGAGUACGGUGACAUCCCAGAGGCCAGGACAUCCUGUUACGGCCCGAUGGAAAAGACGUCAAAGCUCCCGCCCAGCGCACUACACAAGUACAUGAUGAACGUGACAUGGGAUGGCAGGGACUUGUCAUUCACAGAGGAUGGCUACCAAGAAUACCCAAAGCUUGUUGUCAUUGUUCUCAAUAAAGAGAGAGAGUGGGAAAAGAUGGGAAAACUUGACAAUCGCAGCCUGACUCUAAAGUACCCGGUGUGGCCACGGUUCAACUCGUUUGGCGAUGCUGAGCUGGACGACAACCACCUGUCCAUUGUCACCUUGGAGGAGAAACCCUUUGUUAUUGUGGAGGAUGUUGAAAGACUCACUGGCACCUGUAUGAGGAACUCUGUGCCCUGCAGGAAGCAUAUCAAAGACAACACAACUGAGGCUGGUGGAACGUAUAUCAAAAAGUGCUGCAAAGGCUUCUGCAUCGACAUUCUGAAGAAGAUUGCCAAGUACGUCAAAUUUACGUAUGACUUGUACCUGGUAACCAAUGGCAAGCAUGGCAAGAAAAUCAACAAUGUCUGGAAUGGGAUGGUGGGAGAGGUGGUCUAUAAGAAAGCCGUCAUGGCCGUCGGAUCUCUGACGAUCAAUGAGGAGCGUUCUGAGGUCAUCGAUUUCUCCGUCCCGUUCGUAGAAACUGGGAUCAGCGUCAUGGUCUCACGUAGUAAUGGAACUGUCUCGCCAUCAGCUUUUCUCGAGCCAUUCAGUGCAUCAGUGUGGGUGAUGAUGUUUGUGAUGCUCCUACUGGUGACUGCAAUGGCUGUUUUCAUGUUUGAGUACAUCAGUCCUCUUGGCUUUAACAGAAAUCUGGCACAGGGAAAAGAUCCCCACGGUCCUUCUUUUACCAUGGGCAAGGCCGUUUGGCUGCUGUGGGGUCUGGUCUUUAACAACUCUGUGCCAGUGCAAAACCCCAAAGGAACCACCAGCAAGUUCAUAGUGUCGGUGUGGGCCUUCUUUGCUGUCAUCUUCCUGGCCUCGUACACUGCCAACUUGGCUGCCUUCAUGAUUCAGGAGGAGUUUGUUGACCAAGUCACUGGGCUGUCAGACAACAAGUUUCAGAAUCCAUACGCGUACUCUCCUCCGUUCCGCUUUGGGACAGUCCCGAAUGGGUCCACUGAGAGGAACAUCAGGAAGAACUACCCAGCCAUGCACCAGUACAUGGUGAAGUACCAUCAAACUGGUGUUGUGGACGCACUUGUCAGCCUCAAAUCAGGCAAACUGGAUGCCUUCAUUUAUGACGCUGCAGUGUUGAACUACAUGGCUGGAAGAGAUGAAGGGUGUAAGCUUGUGACCAUCGGCAGCGGGUACAUAUUUGCUACCACUGGUUAUGGCAUUGCUCUGCAGAAAGGUUCCUUCUGGAAGCGACAGGUGGAUCUGGCCAUCUUGGCCAUCAUCGGGGAUGGUGAAAUGGAAGAACUGGAGGCCCAGUGGCUGACAGGAAUCUGUCACAAUGAGAAGAACGAAGUCAUGUCAAGUCAGCUGGAUGUGGACAACAUGGCGGGGGUCUUCUACAUGCUGGCCACGGCAAUGGGACUGUCCCUCAUCACCUUCGUCUCGGAGCAUCUCUUCUACUGGAGGCUGAGAUACUGCUUCACCGGAGUCUGCUCUGGCAGACCAGGGCUUCUUUUCUCCAUCAGCAGGGGAAUCUGGAGCUGUAUCCAUGGAGUACACAUUGACAUGAAGAAGAAGACAGACCUUGACUUCAGCCCCCAGGACAAAAUGCUUAAGCUCAUUAAGUCUGCGAAACAGAUGACCAACAUGUCUAACCUCAGUGGCUCCCGCAUGAACUCGCCUAAACGAGAAUUCAUGCACUCAGCUGGUCCCAUGAUCAUGGACAUGAUGGCAGAGAAAGGCAACUUCAUUUAUGCUGACAACAGAAGCUACGCUCCCAAAGAUAUGAUCUAUGGGGACACCGGUGACCUUCAGUCUUAUCUUGCAAAUCGCCACAAAGACCACCUCAACAACUAUAUUUUUCAAGGCGGGCAGCAUCCCCUGACCCUGAAUGAUGCCAAUCCAAAUACCGUGGAGGUAGCAGUGAGUGCUGACACGGUCCAAGCAAAUGCAAAGUCUCAGCGAACCUUGUGGAAAAAGUCAACCGACACAUUGCGUUCUGUGCCACCGGGGCCUUCUCCGAUGCCUGACAUGCUAAUGCCAGAUCCACGAAUAUCCAUGAAGACGCAGCGCUACCUCCCAGAAGACACGGCCCACUCUGACAUCUCUGACUGUUCAAGCAGGGGAGCCACCUACAAGGACCCAGAAAACAACAAGCACCUGAAACCCAAGGACAACUUAAAAAAAAGAUCCAUGACGUCAAAAUACCCUAGGGAUUGCAGUGAGGUGGAGCUGUCCUACUUAAAAACUAAGCAGGUCAGCGGUGGAACCAACCAAAGUGGGAGAGGAGGAGGAGGAGGAGGAGGAGAGAAAAUCUACACAAUUGAUUCAGACAGGGAGAUGAGCCUCCAUUCAGAUCCCGUUCACUACCGUGACAGUCAUGGUCUUGGAACAGAUGAUUUGGAUUACCCUGAAAUUUACUCUGACCACAGUGAUAACUAUAGAAAGUGUGAGCAGCCAAUCAUUCAUCUGAACUCCUCACCUAUGCAUCACGCGGACUCAGAUCUUCUGCCAGACUCGGCUUACUCGAAACACUACAGCCUAAAAGAGAAAAAUAUCUCCCUGUCCCCUCAUGAAUCCAUUGACCGCUACAAACAGACACACUGCCGAUCCUGCCUGUCCAAAGUACCCUCUAGCUACCAACAAGGAGGGCCUUACGUCUCUACAGGAUCUGCCACAGCAUCUGGGACGCGAUCUCCAUACAAUCGAUGUGACGCAUGCCUUCACACGGCCAAUUUGUAUGACAUUAGUGAGGACCAGCUUCUUGGUGAUUCCUUGGUUAGCCCCACCAUGCAUCACCAAGAGCAGCAGCCAGACGAAAUGUUUGGUCUAUAUUGGCCACAGACAGAUGGGCCACAUGUCCAAAAAAGAAACCGCUUGAGGCUAAGUCGUCAGCACUCCUUUGACAACAUCAUGCUCGAAAAGCCCAAGGAUGUAGACCUGGGCCGACCAGCACGCAGCGUCAGCCUCAAGGAGAAGGAUCGCUUCUUGGACUCAGCAUCUGACUCCCACUAUGCCAAUCUCUUUGGGAUGCGCCCUUACUCUGGCAGACUCUUUGGCACUGGGUCUAAAUCAAUGCUGUUUAACAAUAACCUUGAGGAGAGCAAGAGGAGCAAGUCCCUGUACCCAACCCAUGGUUCGGAAAACCCUUUCCUCAGCCACUCGUUGAGGGAUGACACCAGCAGCAGACUGGUCCAUGGGCGCAGCUCCUCUGACAUUUACAAACAGCUGGCUGUAGGUUCUCCUUCAUUGGCCCUAGGAGCAGCUCCCAUCAAAACACGCAAUGAUGCGAACAAUCUUCGCUCUUCUGUUAAAUCCACCUCUUCAUACUGCUCAAGGGAUGGGCGGAUAGCUAAUGACAUGUAUAAUAAAGAGCAUGUGAUGCCUUACUCAGCCAAUAAGACUAGUGCAUACCCAGCCUCAAGGGGUGUCCUAAACUCAGCCCAGUUCAGCAAUAGACGGGUGUAUAAGAAAAUCCCCAGUCUGGAGUCAGAUGUUUAGUUGAUAUAAGAAAUGUUUUCUCUCCCUCUAACUCCUCUCUGGGUUUGUAUUAUAAUUUAUCAACUAUGUUAUCCACUAAGGGAUGUCAUAGUCACCUGACCAUUUUUCUUCUCUUUGACAUUGUGCUCAAAAAAGAACUUCUGGCCCACUUGGGACUAAUUGUAUUGCUCUUACUCUCUUUGCAGAUGAUAUCACCAUAUUUGCCCAUUGUCUCCCAUGUACCAAUCAGUUUAAUAUUUGAUCAGCACUCUGCUGUACGGUUUCCAAAUGGAGGAAGAGAACAUAAUAGUGCCAUUUCUGGGACUGGUGUAUUAGGUUUCUUUAUCGAAGAAUUCCUACUUUGGUAUUAGAAGAUGAGUGUAUUAUGUGCCAGUAAUGUGCAGGCGUUGAUGGUGGUAGUGAUUUUAUUUUAUUUUUUUAAGGAGGAUUAAGAAACAGUGGAAAAGGAGAUAAUGCUUAUAAUGACCUCCUUCUUACCAUUUUUCUUUUCCACCUUUACUGACAAGCUCAGUACGAGAAUGGGCCUGACAGGGGAAACCAGAUGGGUGAACUAGACUUAUAGGCAUUCUGGGAAGGGAAAGGUGGAAUAGUGAGCUAGUCCAAUGGUCUGCCACAUGCUGCGCUAACAAAUGUACCUACGACGACACCUGAGAGUGAAGGAGAACACAAAGAGGAUAAAAAAAGUGAGCAGAUCAGUGUAAUCAACUGGCUGUUUUUGUCAGUUACUGGUUUUCUACUUUUAAAAACCACGUCAGCGACACAAUAGUGAUGAGAACAAUGUAGGAAUAAUGUUUACAAACUGCAAGAAGGCAGACUGAGAAAAUGAUUUGUAUAGAGAAAAGACAAGAAUGGAAACUCUAGACAGCAGAGGGGCAUUUCAUUCUUGGCACUGCACAUAUAAAAUGAUUGCAAAGUCUUACUUUUUUAUUCUAUUCAGCUAUAAAAAUUUAAAAAUCUAUGUAGAAUUUUAGUGUUUGCUUAUUUGGUAGCACAAUAGCAAUUAGUUUAAAAAGAAACUCUCUCCCACAUUUGCAUUUGAAAAAAAAAGGCAUAGCUUACUGAAAAAAAAAUCAUCAGGAGUAGUAGGUUAUUUUGCAUGUGUUUAUUUUUUUUCCCUUCAAGACAAGAGAAAAUGCACACAAAUACUCAGUCAGACACAUAUUUAUCAUGUUUCUGAAAAGGGCAAAGUUAGAGGUGCUUGGUGGGUGGAUGUAGUACAACACAAACUUUGAUCUCUAACCUUUAAACAUAAUAAACCUGUAAAGAUAAUUGUGGAAGAGAAUAAAGAUUACAUAACAAAGAGGGGAAAGAUGACAUCUGUGUCCUCCAUCACCUCUUCUGUGGUGAACACAGGGAUAAUUUUGUCUUUUGACAACUCUGCCACUGAAAAACAGGGUAUAUUUAGCUAAAAAAAAAAAAGCUCUGAUGAUCCCUUCCUUCUUCCUUUCCUUCAUUUACAUGCCAUAAAUAGUGUGAUCGACAACAAUUCACAUUUAUUUUUUUUAGAUUGAAAUCAAGUUUAUUCUCAGUUGGCUAAACUAGGAUUGACAGUCUAUUAGUAUUUAAAGGGCAUAUAUCGUCACUUUUAAAAUGAUUCAGUUUUAUUCGUUUUCAACUGUGCAUGUCAUGAUAGUUCCAUUCAUUCCCAUGACAAAUACAGCAAUAUGCAAAAAUAUUGUGAAGACAAAAUGUUGAUCAAAAGUUGCUAAAGAGUAAUGAAGAUACGUUUGGAAUUCUGAACUCAGAAGCAUUGAUACCAAAGUUUACAGCUGAAAUGUUGGUUGGAGUUUUUUAUUCCUGACUACGAAGGAAGUCAGGAAAAUAUUUUCUGAGAACUAGAUUAGAGAGCUAACGAACGGGGUGGGGGGGUUAAAAGUACUCUGCAAACCCAUUCUACUUGUGAUUCAACAUAGGGAGAAAAAAAAAAAGUCAAGAGUCGCAAUAAAUCUAAUUUUAAAAAAAAUAACACUCUGGCAGCGUUCAGAUGGAAAUUCAAGUUAUUUUUUCUCCACGUAAACAGUCAAUGGUUUCCUCAGAACGUUUUCAAUGCACAGCAGUAAGAUAAACGUCAGGACGUUACUCCAAGCAUACCAUCUGUUAGACCACUCAAACUCUUGGUAAAGGUAAAUAUACUGAUAUGAAUUUAGAUUACAACUACAGUCAAACGUUCCCACAUUCAUUUGGCUCAGUCAGGUAAAAAAAAAAAAGAUUAAAAAAUGAGUUGAAUAAGACGGCCACGGGUGUUUAUUGAUUUAAAUAGUGACAGAGUACCGAUUAAAAAAAAGCAUAAACCACUGUAGAAGAAAGCAUGUUCUUGCAUAAAACCUUUUAUACUCAUUAACAAGAACUAUGGCUGCCUUAGUGGGUUUACUGAUUUCUUUCCUAACUCUAGCAUUUAAAUAUGUUCUCUUGUCUCAGGUUUGGGGUGUGCCUUCCCCUGAAUGGAGAUUUUAAUUGUUUCAUAAACUUCAGGCAAAAAUGUUUACAACAUGAUCUUAAUGACGAAAAUGCUCACUCCGUCAUUAUUCUGUGUUGCCAAUGCGUUCAAACACACUAUUUGACACUUUUUGAUAAGUAACCAGAGUGGACUUUAUGGAUAGCAGUUGUUCUUUGGCCAAAGUUUAUCCUGUUGAUGCAUUAUUGUAUGGUACUUCUUUUACGCAUUCUCAAUUAGGUACUGUCAGUUUUGUAAAUAAGCCAAACCAAGCAUAAUUGGGCAUAGCUGAGACCACUAAAUGGUGGGAAUAUACUUCCCAUAUCCAUCCAUUGUCUUUAUCUGUUUAUCCUUGCAUGGUUGCAGGGGGCGGGUCAGCCAUUAUUGGGCGAGAAGCUUGGUACACCAGGUAGCCAGUCAAUCACAGGCCAACACAGGACAAACCAUAAUGCAUGCACACAUUUCCAAACCUGAGCUUAUUCUAGAGACUAGUUAACCUGGGAUUUGUGUUUUUGGACUCUGGGAAAAGGUCUGAGUGUCCAGGAGAACAUGCAGGUCCUGCUAGGCAACGGUGCUACCAGCUGUACCACCUGGAAGGCCACUCCCAUGUUAUGUGUUGAAUAUGCAUCAAAAGGCACUAGUGGUACACACAUGCCACCUGAGGCAUGGUUGAAAAGACGUUUUGGUGAUUAAAAUGUCCUUUUAAAAUUAUGAUUAUGCUUUAGAUUUCAGAGGCUAGUCUAGUUUUUAUGGCUCAAAAAUAUUGAUUAUAUUUGCCCUUUAAACACUGUAGUCUUAAAAGGAGACUGUUCUCACAUUGUGAGUAAUCCAGAUCUCUUGAGGAAGAAGAAUUUUUUUUAUGAAUGGAUCCCUUGUUUUUCUUUACACCAUUGUUUGGGUGGGUUGUGGGUCGGGGCUACUGGAUCCAAGGAGGCUCCACUGUUUUAUACUCAUCCAUCACAUAUCCAUCUGUUGGGAUUUAGUGUUAUCUGUGCAUGGCAGAUGUUGGGCAAGCUUGAAAUGAUAACCAAAACACUUUUUUUUUCUUUUUUGAGGUGGGGUGGGAUUAAUCUGAUUGUUUAUUUACAUGUUUUGAUAUUUGCAUAAAGAGACAUACAGUACGUGUAUAUACUUCCAUGUUCACUCGUGCCAAACUUUUUGUAGCAUAAAGCUGUACAAAUUGCACACUUUAGAAAAAAAAAAAAAAAAAAGACAACUCAUGAAAUCACCUUUGUUAACUGAUUUGUUUGAUUGAUUGGAUCCACUAAGCCAAAUUGUAUCAAAUGAAAAUACCUCAGGAUGAUUCUGUGCAUUUUGGAGGAGCGGUAGCAACAGAACAAAAAUGUGCCACAGGUUUUUGUAGAAAAUAUAUAAAAUAUAUUAUUUAAAAAGAAAAAAAGAAAAAAAACAUGCUACAAUUAAUGGUGGCCACAACGCAGAAUGAAACUUUUCUCCUGUUUACUAUACCAGUCCAAGGUCUUCCAGUUUAGCUCUGUGUUGGAGCUCAUGCAACCCGAGAGAGAAAAGGAGGAAGAGGAGGGGAAGGAACGGAAGGUGGUAGGGAGCUUAGAUGUUCUCAGCUCUACUUUUUUUUUUUUUUUGCCAAACUGAGCACCCUUC